UUUUUCGUGGGUCGAUUUAGUCUGACCAACCUUCUUCUACUUAUAACCGUAGAAAUUAUUUUAGCCUUGUUAAGCUAGCUGACUGCUAUGUGGAGCUUCCAAAGGAGUCUCAUUGCAAUGGUGUCCAUAUGCUCCACUCUUCUUUCUACACCAGCCGCACAGAAUACAGCUUACACCUCAUGUUCUGGUGAAGCUAAAUACUCUCCCGGCAGCUCAUUUGAAGCUAACCUUAAGCUCCUCCUCAAUUUUCUCUCCUCAAAUGCUACAAAAAACAAUGGCUUCUACAACGCCACCGCUGGCCAAGGCUCCACUGAAGUAGCCUAUGGUCUCUCCCACUGCCGAAGCGAUUUCAGCAGUGACAUCUGUCAAACAUGUGUGUCCGAGGCCACUAAAGACAUUCUCACUCAAUGCCCCAAGUUCAAACAGGCUGUGAUCUGGUAUGAGGAGUGUUUCGUACGUUAUUCAAACCGGUCCAUUGUUGCCAUCAACAAUGAAACAUUGGGUUGGCACUUUGGCAAUCCUAGUAGUGUUAAAACAGAUGCAGGCUUUAAACAAGUGCUGGAUAGUACUUUGAGUGAUUUAGUAACCAGGGCUUCGAAUGUGACACUGUCUCAUAGUAAAUUUAACAUUCGGUUUGCAACUGAAAGUGUUAAAUAUGGUGCACAAACUCUCUAUGGACUAGCUCAGUGUACACCAGAUUUGUCUGGCAACGACUGCGGUCACUGCCUUAGAAAGGCUAUACGUUUUCUUCCACAAUGCUGCGAUAGGAAGCAAGGUGGCAGAGUCGUGCUGUAUAGUUGUCAUUUUAGAUAUGAGGUGUACCCCUUUUUCAAUAUCAAGGACUCUGCACCUUCACCGCCUUCAACUCUAAGCUCUUUACAGAAGCACAAAGGGAAACAGCGAUCAUCCCAAAAGCUUUUCAUACUUAUUGCUCUAUUGUGUGUUUCCCUGAUGCUUUGUGGCGCAAGCUACUUUUUAUGGAUUUGGAGAAAAGCUAAUAGAAUGAAAGAAGAUUCGGCAAAUGGAUUUAACAGAGACACUAUUAAUUCGUUCAAUAUGGAUAACGAUAUCACAACUGUGGAAUCCCUGAGACUUGAAUUGAGCAAGGUUAAAGAAGCUACGAACAACUUUUCAAUCAAUAACAAAAUAGGUGAAGGUGGAUUCGGUGAGGUUUAUAAGGGUAUACUUGCUAAUGGGAAAGAAAUUGCAGUAAAGAGGCUAUCAAAAAGUUCAAAUCAAGGUGUAGCAGAAUUUAAGAAUGAGGUUGUUCUAGUGGCAAAACUUCAGCACCGAAAUCUUGUAAGGCUGUUGAGAUAUUGCUUUGAGGGAGAGGAGAAGAUUCUUAUCUACGAAUAUAUUCCCAACAAGAGCCUCGAUUAUGUUUUGUUUGAUCCAGAAAAACAAGUACUAUUGGACUGGCCAAGGAGAUACAAUAUAAUUGAAGGAAUUGCUAAAGGAUUGCAUUAUCUUCAUGAAGAAUCCCGGAUAAGAAUUAUUCAUAGAGAUCUGAAACCAGGCAAUAUUCUGUUGGAUGCUGAUAUGAAUGCAAAAGUAUCUGAUUUUGGCAUGUCAAGGAUUUUUGGCAUGGAUCAAAACCAUGGAAAGACAAGUAGAAUUGUUGGAACUUAUGGCUACAUGUCCCCAGAAUAUGCAAUGCACGGAGACUACUCUGUGAGGUCUGAUGUCUUUAGUUUCGGGGUCUUGGUUCUUGAGAUUAUCAGUGGCAUAAGGAACAGUUCCUUCUAUCACUCUACUCAUGCUGAUGACCUGCUUUGCUAUGCUUGGAGACUUUGGAGGGAUGGAACACCCUUGGAAUUUGUGGAUCCAGGGUUAUCAUAUUCAUACUCAAGAGAUGAAGCAAUCAGAUGUAUCUAUAUCGCAUUAUUGUGCGUUCAAGAAGAUGUGAAUGACAGGCCAUCUAUGGAUGCAGUGAUCCACAUGCUUAAUAGUCAUUUGGUUACCAUGACUAUGCCUCAGCAACCCCCAUUCUUACAAAAUAGUAGGAGAUGCUCCUUGAUAAAAGGACUGGAGUCGGAUUCUUCACAAAAAUUUGCUACAUUCUGUUCCGUGGAUGAGGCAUCAAUCACUGGAAUCAAUGUUUGUGCAGGGAACCAGCGUUUCAUACUUGUUGCUCUAUUGUGUGUUUCCGUGAUGCUUUGUGGCACAAGCUACUUGUUAUGGAUUUGGAGAAAAGCUAAGAGAAUGAAAGAAGAUUCGGCAAAUGGAUUUAAAAGAGACACUACCUAUAAUCUGUUCAAUAUGGAUAACGAUAUCACAACUGUGGAAUCCCUGAGGCUUGAAUUGAGCGAGGUUAAAGAAGCUACAAACAACUUUUCAAUCAAUAACAAAAUAGGUGAAGGUGGAUUCGGUGAGGUUUAUAAGGGGGUACUUGCUAAUGGGAAAGAAAUUGCAGUAAAGAGGCUAUCAAAAAGUUCAAAUCAAGGUGUAGCAGAAUUUAAGAACGAGGUUGUUCUAGUGGCAAAACUUCAGCACCGAAAUCUUGUAAGGCUGUUGGGAUAUUGCUUUGAGGGAGAGGAAAAGAUUCUUAUCUAUGAAUAUAUUCUCAACAAGAGCCUCGACUAUGUUUUGUUUGACCCAAAAAAGCAAGUACUAUUGGCCUGGCCAAGGAGAUACAAUAUUAUUGAAGGAAUUGCUAAAGGAUUGCAUUAUCUUCAUGAAGAAUCCCGGAUAAGAAUUAUUCAUAGAGAUCUGAAACCAGGCAACAUUCUGUUGGAUGCUGAUAUGAAUGCAAAAGUAUCUGAUUUUGGCAUGUCAAGGAUUUUUGGCAUGGAUCAAAAUCAUGGAACGACAAGUAGAAUUGUUGGAACUCAGUAAGCCUAAUGAAUCCUUCUCAUAAAACAAA